AAAAAAAAAAAAAAAAAGAUAAAGGAAAUGGAGGCAGAAUUCAAAGUCUCCAUGCACUGUAAUGCAUGUGAAAGGACCGUUGCCAAAGCCAUUUCAGAGUUCAAAGGGGUGGAGACAUUUUGGACGGACAUGAAGAAUCACAGGGUAGUAGUACGAGGCCAAAUUGAUCCACGAAAGCUUUUGAAGCAGUUAAAGAAGAAGACAGGAAAGAGAAUAGAAAUUGUAGAGAACGAAAAAGAAGAAGAAAAGAAGGGUUCAAAUGGUGAAUCUGAUAAUCAAGGACAUGCAGAUUCACAAGUAGUUGAAUGUCCACAAUUACUGUUGGAUGAUUGUAAAGAGGAAGUGUUAAUGACGUUUAAUGAUGAGAAUCCAAAUGCAUGUUCAAUUCUGUAG